AUGGUUGCAACCUUUUCGCCGCACCGGGACUCCGGUGGCACACUUCAUCUGCCAUCGCACUCGGGAAUCCAUCACGUUGACGCGAGCUCUGCUAUCCGCCAACUGAGGCGCUCUCUUUCGCGCUCACCAUCCAAGAGUUCGAACUUCUUCCUCAACCCGCGUGCUCAUUCCCCCUCCAAAUCCACUUACAUCUCUUCUCCCUUGUCACCCUCACGGCGCGCUUCGCAUAACAAUUUCGUCCUCUUCCCAUCUCAUCAAUCUCACCAGUCGCCUCUCGCCGUCCCUUACCCUCCUAGCGCGAAGAUUACUAGGCCAGCAAUGCGUCGACGCACAUCACCCCGCAGUCCACCCAAGCGCGUUUUGAGUGUUUCAAGUGACAGUGGUAACGCGACUCCAACUCAACUCGUCGCUUUACCCUCUGGCGAAGAAAAUGAUUUGACUCUCGAUGACCUCGUCGCGCCAGGUCAAAGUACGACCCCAGACAGCCCUUGUUUUAUUAACACUACUCCUGCCCCUCAGGGUGAAUCGACUUUUGCACCGCGCUCAAGCUUGUCGCGCGUUGAAAAGCGACGUAGUGGGAACUUUGGCAGCUUUGCGACGGGCAGUCCCUUGAAGCGCAGUGACGGGAUCAUGAAUUUGGACCAAGCGUCGCGAGGCAGCCCUUCUGCAAAACGACGCAGCGUGCACACUUCCAAUUUCUCCGCCGAAUUUAGCAUUUUCGACAACGAAGUCGAGAACACCACCCCAGAGGGAUCUCCGACGCGCAACGAAAUUCCCUCUUUCCCCACGCCUGUCCAGCCCCACAGUCCAUUUGCGACCAUUCCUAAGCGCUCAUCUUCUCUACGACGGUCGACUCUGCAGCAGCGCGGCGAUCGACCUCUCUUUGGACGGCCAAGGGCUUUGGAUGAUUCGACCGACGCAUCACCACCUGAGACGCCAUUGUCGGUUAGGACGCGAACGUCAUUUGAUAGCAGCCUAUUCCAGCCAGGCAGCGAGAACAUUUUCUCGCCUAAGCCGCCAGCCAGCCCUCUUUUCUCCAACUCCUUCGCCAACCCUCCCGUCAACCCCACUGUCAACGCUACUCAACCCCCUCGACCCACUGCUCACCCACUCUCUCGUACCAUCACUCAGUCCUCCUCUGGGUCGAGUAUCGAGGACUCGCCCACACAUCAACCUGUCCACAAGCCCGAAGGCCGGCGAACAAUGUUCAACUUCUCCAAAUCUCUCCCCGCGGGGGCUACUCGUCCAGCCCCCGUAACUCGGCUCACAGGAGAAGACACAGAAACCUUUGCGACCCCAGAUAACUUCAGGCUAGUGAAGCCUCUACCCGCGGCAUUCAUGUCCACUGGUCUUAUUUCCAAGAAAAACCGCAAUGCAGAGGAAAAUCUCGCAUUCAACAAGAGCAUGCCCGAUACACCAUGCAAACGGCCUGUCAACCUUUUCACCGCUGGGACAAACCCCCCGGACCGAUUAUUCGACAAGUCACGUCUGGUUCAUCAAUCAGACGCCGUUUCCGUCUCUCCAUUUAACCCACCUACUACCUCGCGUCCCAAGCCAAGUCCCUUCGCUCGGGGCAUGGGAAUAUUCGGCAGCAGCUUCAAUAGGCCUGAGACCUCGCGGCGUGGGAGUUUCGCUAGCAUUGAUGGCGAUGAAUUGAUUCUUGCCCAAUCGCCCUCUUCCCGACACGACAGCCAGCCUCCAAAUGAUGACUUCCCUCCCACACCGACCAAACAGCCUUUCCUCCCCUCUCGCACCUACCCUCCCGCCACUUCUCAAAUCCAAUCUCUAGAGCGACUAUCCGAGACAGCGAGUCCGCUGCACGAGAAGCUUAUGCAGGCAUCACCUCACACUCCCCGCGACCAGUACUUCCCUCCCGACCCGAGUGGGUUAUCGAUAUCCGUGCCCAGUGACCAUCAGUAUGUGCAGGAGCAUGAUCUUCCUGCCACUCCAACCGGACCGCGAGACUCCUGGUCAUCAUUCAGAAGGCCCAGUCUCCAAAUUAGCGGCUACCAUGUUCCAGAUGUCGACCCCACUUUGACAUCCCGCUUUGACAGCGUGGAGCUUAUUGGAACUGGCGAGUUCUCUCAGGUAUUCCGUGUCGCGCAGCCUCAUGACGCGUCCUUCCCAUCUGUCUUCUCUCUUCCAUCAAGUGAACCAAGGUCGCCAACUUCUCUCCCCCAUCAGGUGUGGGCUGUCAAGAAGAGCAAGCAGCCCUAUCUAGGGCUAAAGGAUCGCGAGCGCCGUAUUCGCGAAGUCGAAGUUCUCAAGGCCUUGACCAACUGUGACCAUGUCAUUUCCUUUAUGGACAGCUGGGAGAACAAUGGCCAUCUGUACAUUCAAACAGAGUUCUGCGAAGAGGGUAGCCUGGAUGGCUUCUUGGCACAAGCCGGUCUCAAGGCCCGACUCGAUGACUUUCGUAUCUGGAAGAUUUUGCUCGAGAUGUCUCUGGGACUGAAGCAGAUACAUGACAAGGGAUUCAUCCAUCUUGACCUCAAACCUGCUAACAUUCUGGUCACCUUUGAGGGUACUUUAAAGAUUGGUGACUUUGGCAUGGCGACACGCUGGCCUGCAGAGGAUGGUAUUGAAGGCGAAGGAGACCGCGAAUACAUUGGACCGGAGAUUCUUAUGGGCCGAUUUGACAAACCCGCUGAUAUUUUCUCACUUGGUCUCAUCAUUUUUGAGAUCGCCGGCAAUGUGGAACUCCCUGACAAUGGGGUAUCUUGGCAGAAGCUCCGCAACGGCGAUAUGAGCGAUGUGCCCAGCCUUACCUGGAGCUCGGAGACCAGCAUCUUCCGCGAUGCAUCUGGAAAUCCUAUCUCGGAAGGGUCAUCUUUCGAGGACCUUUGUACAUCCGAUCUGGGUGACAACGAAUUCGGCGAUGAUUUCCUGACAAGUCGUCAAUUGAGCAACCCCAAACCACAACGACUCGCACGAAGCGGGGAGUUGAUUGAUCCACCCAGCUUCAUGGUUGAUGCCAGCCACCCACAGGCAUUGGACGGAAUUGUUCGAUGGAUGAUAUCCCCUGAGCCUCAGAACCGUCCCACGGCUGACCAAAUCCUGGAAACUUAUGGAGUGCAAUUUAUUAAUCAACGACGCCGCGCUGGCGCCACCGUCUUCGAGGGUAACUGGGGCCCCGCUGACGAGAUCUUGGCCGAAGAUGCCGAAAUGAUCGACGUGUAA